GUCCCCUCCUCUCGCUUUUAUCCCAGCCCCGGAGCAGGAGCCGCCGCCGCCCCCUAUCCCUUCCUGCGCUCUUCCCACCAUGAGCGGGGCUGUUUUCACCUUAUAAAGAUGGCGGUGUGGGAUCGCUGCAACCUUUAGACUAAUGACUGUCAGAAACAUCGCCUCCAUCUGUAAUAUGGGCACCAAUGCCUCUGCUCUGGAAAAAGACAUUGGCCCAGAGCAGUUUCCAAUCAAUGAACACUACUUUGGAUUGGUCAAUUUUGGGAACACCUGCUACUGUAACUCCGUGCUGCAGGCAUUGUAUUUUUGCCGGCCAUUUCGGGAAAAUGUAUUAUCAUACAAGGCCCAACAGAAAAAGAAGGAAAACCUCUUGACUUGCCUGGCAGAUCUUUUCCACAGUAUUGCUACUCAGAAGAAAAAAGUUGGAGUUAUUCCACCAAAGAAGUUCAUAUCAAGGUUACGAAAGGAGAAUGAUCUCUUUGACAACUACAUGCAGCAGGAUGCACAUGAGUUUUUAAAUUACCUGCUCAACACCAUUGCAGACAUUUUGCAGGAGGAGAAGAAACAGGAAAAGCAAAAUGGAAAACUGAAAAAUGGCAACAUGAAUGAAGCUGAAGAGAACAAUAAACAAGAACUGACCUGGGUGCAUGAGAUUUUUCAGGGAACACUGACUAACGAAACUAGAUGUUUGAACUGUGAAACCGUUAGUAGCAAAGAUGAAGAUUUUCUUGACCUUUCUGUUGAUGUGGAGCAGAACACAUCGAUUACACACUGUCUAAGAGACUUCAGUAACACAGAGACACUAUGUAGUGAACAGAAAUACUACUGUGAAACUUGCUGCAGUAAACAAGAGGCACAGAAGAGGAUGAGAGUAAAAAAACUGCCAAUGAUUCUUGCCUUACACCUCAAGAGAUUCAAGUACAUGGAGCAGCUGCACAGGUACACGAAGCUGUCCUACCGGGUCGUGUUUCCCCUGGAGCUGCGGCUCUUCAACACCUCCGGCGACGCCGUCAACCUGGAUCGCAUGUACGACUUGGUGGCUGUGGUCGUUCACUGUGGAAGUGGACCUAAUCGAGGGCAUUACAUUACUAUUGUGAAAAGUCAUGGAUUUUGGCUCUUGUUUGAUGAUGACAUUGUAGAGAAAAUAGAUGCUCAAGCUAUUGAAGAAUUCUACGGUCUGACCUCUGAUAUAUCAAAAAAUUCAGAGUCUGGCUAUAUUUUAUUCUACCAGUCAAGAGAGUGACUUGGCAAACCGUGGUGACUGCGCACAAGGAUGCUGCACAUAGAGGAAGGCACCAGCUCCCCCAAAGUGACUUUUACACAGCCCACAUCCCUGAUGGUUGAACAACAAUACACUGUCUCCUGUUCCAUGGUUUAUGUGAUGCUGACUGUGACCGUCCAUUCUUGACAUUCAGAACUUUGUUUUAGAGGGCGGGUUGUUUGUAGUUUUUAAGUCUGAUUGAAGAGCUAAUUGAAGUCAGAUUUUAGUGGAAUUUAUAUGGACUAACAUUUACAGAUAAUGAGAUUUGGAUGUUAAUGUCAGCUGUUAAACCCAAUCCAGCUAGAGUAGUAUUUUAUAUGAAAGUGUUCAUUACAUUUAGGACAAAAUUAUUUAAAACUUUCUAGAUGGUUUUGGAGUGUGUUGAUUUACAAAGCAUUCCUUUAAGUACAUCCUGACAUAUACUUACCCCUUUUAAGUGUAAGGAAAAAAAUCAGUUUCAUGUUUAUUUAAGUUGUGGUUAUAUAGGGGAUUUUUUUACAUGUUGCUCUGCUGCAGAAAAGAUAUUCUUCCAAAAUCAUUUCAAUUUUGAUUGUUAAAAACUUUCAGAGUGUAACCACAGACCUAAAAUUCACAUAGAGGGAUUUAAAUUACACUGGAACUAAGUAAUUCUGUAUGUUCAGCCACUUUGUCAUGAGACAGUACAGAUGAGGUGAGAUUUCAGAACUUACAGAGCACUGGAAUGAAGGGAGUAAGAUCGCACAAAUGAUACAGAGAUAAGUUGCUUUUAUAAAGAUUGAGCUUAGAUUUUUGUUAAAAUUAUGUAGUUUACUUGGAUUGUGUUGUGAUUGCAACACUGCUCACAUGUAACAUAUCCAUCAGGACUGAAAUUAUCCAGUCCAUUUAAAUAAGCAUUGUUUGUACAUAUGACACAACUUGAUCCUGCAAUUUUCUCAAUAUCUUUAGGUCCCAUUUUCAUUUCUGAAGACAGAGUCAAUUUCUUAGAAACACGAUACAUAGCAACCACUAGUGUACAUGCUACCAUGUAUACCAUGUAUAUAUCAUCCUUAACAUUUUGGUCAUAUUUGACAGAGUUUUGUCUCCACAGAAACAGAUAGGGAUCUGGAGUGCUGAAUUUCAAAAUUAGUACAAAAGACCAAGUUUGUGAUUUUUCUGGAUUAAUUUGGAUGGCACUUGUCAUGCACUGGCUAAUAAAAUUUCUGAAUUCACCUGA